AUGGCUGACCAUCAUUCAGAAAAGGCCGUUGCGCCUCACCAAUCCGACUCGGAACGAUCGAGUAGUCGGGGACGUGAUUCGUCUGACGGCGGCAAGGCAACUCCUCAAGAUGAAAAGGCAGACCUUCAGCGUGCUCUUACAAAGGCCGACUCCAAAGUCGCGGCAGCUCCGCCCAAGGCCACCGACCCCGAAGAGAUGUACCGUCAUCUACCUGCAGACGAGGCCGAAGUCUUGAAGCGCCAAACCAUCACACCAGAGUUGAAGCAGGGAGUCGCCGUACUCUAUCGUUAUGCCUCGCGCAAUGACCUCAUCAUUAUUGCAGUCUCUGCGAUUUGCGCCAUUGCCUCUGGCGCUGCUUUGCCCUUGAUGACGGUCAUUUUUGGAAACCUCCAGCGCAUUUUCCAAGACUACUUUUACUCUCUUGGCAAGAUGACCUACGAUUCAUUCGUGGACGAACUGAGCAAAUAUGUCCUCUACUUUGUCUACCUGGCCAUUGGUGAAUUCGUUGUCACUUACAUCUGCACCGUCGGUUUCAUCUACACUGGUGAGCAUAUUAGUGCCAAGAUUCGCGAGCAUUAUCUUGAAAGUUGCAUGCGCCAGAAUAUUGGUUUCUUCGACAAGCUUGGUGCUGGCGAGGUGACCACUCGCAUCACCGCCGACACCAAUCUCAUUCAAGAGGGUAUCUCUGAGAAGGUGUCCUUGACUCUUGCCGCCAUUGCCACCUUCAUCACCGCUUUUGUCAUUGGAUUUGUCAACUACUGGAAGCUGACGCUCAUUCUGUCUUCUACUGUGUUCGCGCUUCUCCUCAACAUUGGCAUUGGCUCGAGUUUCAUGCUGAAGCACAACAAGAACUCACUUGAAGCUUAUGCGCAGGGCGGCAGUCUUGCCGACGAAGUUGUCAGCUCUAUCCGCAACGCAAUCGCCUUUGGCACCCAGGACCGUCUCGCCAGGCAAUACGACAAACACUUGGCAAAGGCCGAGUUCUUCGGAUUCCGCGUCAAGAGUUCAAUGGCUAUCAUGGUUGCCGGCAUGAUGCUUAUUCUCUUCUUGAACUACGGUCUUGCAUUCUGGCAAGGUAGCCACUAUAUUGUGGAGGGCAUCAUUCCCCUCAACAAAAUCCUCAUCAUCAUGAUGUCUGUCAUGAUCGGUGCCUUCAACCUUGGAAACGUCGCUCCCAACAUUCAGGCCUUCACCACCGCUGUGGCCGCUGCUGCGAAGAUCUUCAACACCAUUGACCGUGUUUCCCCUCUUGACCCUAGUGCGGAUACUGGUGACAAGAUUGAGAAUCUCCAGGGAAACAUUCGGUUAGAGAAUAUCAAGCACAUCUACCCCUCCCGCCCUGAAGUGGUGGUCAUGGACGAUGUCUCUCUUGAGAUUCCCGCUGGAAAGACUACUGCCCUCGUUGGUGCUUCAGGUUCCGGCAAGAGCACCAUUGUCGGACUGGUUGAACGAUUUUACGAUCCUGUUCAGGGUGCUGUCUACCUUGACGGUCAGGAUAUUAGCAAGCUCAAUCUGAGAUGGCUCCGUCAGCAAAUGGCCCUCGUGAGCCAAGAACCAACACUAUUCGGUACUACCAUCUUCAAGAACAUCAGUCACGGUCUCAUUGGAACCCAGUAUGAACAUGAAGGAGAAGAGAAGCACAGAGAAAUGGUUAUUCAGGCGGCUAUCAAAGCUAACGCUCAUGACUUCAUCUCUGCUCUCCCGGAAGGCUACGAAACCAACGUGGGCGAGCGCGGUUUCCUCUUGUCUGGAGGACAAAAGCAGCGUAUUGCGAUUGCCCGAGCCGUAGUUUCUGACCCAAAGAUUCUUCUUCUUGAUGAGGCCACAUCUGCCCUCGACACAAAGUCUGAAGGCGUCGUGCAGGCUGCCCUGGAAGUCGCCGCCGCUGGUCGAACCACCAUUACUAUUGCGCAUCGUUUGUCGACUAUUAAGGAUGCUCACAACAUCGUUGUCAUGACUUCUGGGCGUAUUGUGGAACAAGGUACCCAUGACGAGCUUCUUGAAAAGAAAGGCGCAUACUAUAAGCUUGUGUCGGCCCAGAACAUUGCCGCCGCAGACGACUUGACCCCUGAGGAGGAGGAGCGCAUCAAUGAACACGAAGAGGAACUCAUUCGAAAGAUGUCCACGAACAAGGAAGGCGAAUUUACCGUUGAUCCUGAUGAUGAUAUCGCUGCCAAGCUUCGUCGCUCAUCUACUCAGAAGUCUGUGUCCAGUAUUGCACUGCAGAAGAACAAGGCGGAAGCCGAGAAGAAGUACGGACUGUGGACAUUAUUGAAGCUCAUCACUUCUUUUAACACUCCCGAGUGGCACCUCAUGCUCUUUGGUUUGGUCUUUGCUGCCAUUUGUGGUGGUGGUAACCCUACGGCAGCAGUCUUCUUCGCCAAGCAGAUUGUCACAUUGUCACAACCCGUUACUGAUGCUAAUCGCAACGAAAUCAAGAAGGACUCUGAUUUCUGGAGUGCCAUGUACUUGAUGCUUGCUUUUGUCCAGUUCAUAGCCUUCUCUGCUCAGGGCAUCGCCUUCGCCAUGUGCUCUGAGCGCCUGGUUCGUCGAGUCCGUGACAAGGCCUUCAGAGCAAUGCUUCGACAGGACGUGGCCUUCUUCGACAAGGACGAGAACACUGCUGGUGCGCUCACAUCUUUCUUGUCAACGGAAACUACUCACGUGGCUGGCCUCAGUGGUGUCACUCUUGGUACCUUGCUCAUGAUGUCCACCACGCUGAUUGCUGCUUGUGCUCUUGGCCUUGCAAUUGGCUGGAAGUUGUCGCUUGUCUGUAUCGCAACUAUGCCCAUUCUUCUCGGCUGUGGCUUCUUCCGAUUCUGGAUGCUCGCCCACUUCCAGAGGCGAUCAAAGGCUGCGUACGCGUCAUCAGCUACUUUUGCCUCUGAGGCCAUUUCGGCCAUUCGCACCGUUGCCGCUCUCACCCGUGAGAAGGACGUUUUGACACAGUAUCGUGAUUCUCUCGCUGAGCAGCAGCGCCGCAGCUUGAUGUCGGUUCUAAAGUCUAGCGCACUCUACGCCGCGUCCCAAUCGUUGCUUUUCCUCUGCUUCGCCCUCGGUUUCUGGUACGGAGGCACUCUCAUUGGCAAGGGUGAAUAUGACCAAUUCCAAUUCUUCUUGUGUUUCAUGGCUGUUAUCUUCGGCGCUCAGUCCGCGGGUACUAUCUUCUCGUUUGCUCCCGAUAUGGGCAAGGCUCACCACGCGGCUGGGGAGUUGAAGACACUUUUUGACCGCAAGCCCACCAUUGACUCUUGGUCCGAGGAGGGUCAGCGACUGCCAGAGGUUGAUGGAACUCUCGAAUUUCGCGACGUCCAUUUCCGAUACCCCACGCGACCUGAUGUCCCUGUGUUGCGUGGUCUCAAUCUGACUAUCCGUCCUGGCCAAUAUGUCGCCUUGGUUGGUGCCUCUGGCUGCGGCAAGAGCACAACCAUUGCCCUCUUGGAACGAUUCUACGACCCUCUCUCCGGCGGCGUUUUUGUCGACGACAAGGAGAUUAGCUCGCUCAACAUUAACGACUACCGCUCCCACAUUGCUCUUGUUAGCCAAGAACCAACCUUAUAUCAGGGUACUAUCAAGGAAAAUAUUCUCCUUGGCAGCGCAAAGGAGAACGUCUCCGACGAUGCCAUUGAGUUUGCUUGCCGCGAGGCCAACAUCUACGACUUCAUCAUCUCCCUUCCUGAAGGCUUCAACACUGUCGUUGGCAGCAAGGGUACUCUGCUCUCAGGUGGCCAGAAGCAGCGUAUUGCCAUUGCUCGCGCUCUUAUUCGUGACCCCAAGAUCCUUCUCCUUGACGAAGCCACGUCCGCUCUCGACUCUGAAUCUGAGCACGUUGUCCAGGCUGCCCUCGACAAGGCUGCCAAGGGUCGUACCACCAUUGCUGUUGCCCAUCGUCUCAGCACUAUCCAGAAGGCCGAUGUCAUCUACGUAUUCGACCAGGGCCGCAUUGUUGAGGCGGGUACUCAUUCUGAGCUGAUGAAGAAGAAUGGCCGCUACGCAGAGCUGGUCAACCUGCAAAGUUUGGCGAAGCACGGUUAG